AUGAAGCUGGAUGUUCCACAAAUUAUAAGUCUGUUUAUAUCUAUCUAUCUAUCUAUCUAUCUAUCUAUCUAUCUAUCUAUCUAUCUGUCUCCGCUGUUAAUAUCUAUAUUCAAUUUCUCUAUUUUUUCUUUCUUUAUGUCACUCCUUCUUUCUUUCUCUCUCUCUUUCUCUCUCUCUCUCUCUCUCUCUCUCUCUCUAUCUAUCUAUCUAUCUCAAAACAUUGACAUUGCAUCCUCUCUUUCUCUCUCUCUCUCAGUCACUCCCUCUCUUUGCUCCUCUGUCUUUUACUGUCCAUCUCCAUUUUUCUGUAUGUCUUACUCUCACCUCUCCCUUUCGAUGUGCUCUUAUCUUUCUUGUUGCCCUAUCUCCAUCUCUCCUUCUGUCCUUCUAUCUCUCCUUCUCUGCAUCCUUCUCCAUUGUUUCUCUCUGUUUUUCUGCCAUCUCUCACCCUCUCUUAUUGCCCUUCCAUGUCUCAUGCUAUCCAUCUUUCUCUCUCCCUUUCUCCGUCUCUACUUCUAUAUUGUUAUGUGUCCUACGUCUCUCUUUCAGUGCUUCCUUCUCCUGUCUACCAUUUUGUUUCUUCCUCUCUCUUUCUCUUUUCUUGUUUUAUGCGAUAAUCCAACGAAUCGAUUAAUACAAAAUAUUUCGAAUUUCUGGCCAAUAAUCUUCGACUUUUUCUUUCUUUCUUUUUUCUUUCUUUCUUUCAUUCUUUUUUUCUUUUCAAUUACAAUUCUUUCUUUCUUUUUUCUUUCUUUCUUUCAUUCUUUUUUUCUUUUCAAUUACAAUUCUUUCUUUCUUUUUUCUUUCUUUCUUUCAUUCUUUUUUUCUUUUCAAUUACAAUUCUUUCUUUCUUUUUUCUUUCUUUUUUCUUUCAUUUUUUUUUUUUUCAAUUACAAUUCUUUUCUUUCUUUUUUUUUCUUUCUUUCUUUCAUUUUUUUCUUUUCAAUUACAAUUCUUUCUUUCUUUUUCUUUCUUUCUUUCAUUCUUUUUUUCUUUUCAAUUACAAUUCUUUCUUUCUUUUUUCUUUCUUUCUUUCAUUCUUUUUUUCUUUUCAAUUACAAUUCUAUCUUUCUUUUUUCCAUUCUCUCUUUUUUUUUCUUUUACUCAAUUCUCCUUCUUUCUUUAUUUCUACCUUCUUCCUCUUUUUCCACCUCGAUUUUUUACAUUUCUUUCUUUAUUUCUUUCUUUCUCUUUUGA